AUGUUGGCGAAAAAUGCAGCGAAAAAGAACGGUCUUGAUGUGGAUUCUGUAGCGACACGAGCUCCUCUGAAGCCCUGCAUAGAUCCGGAGUUCGAGCACCUGGCUCCUUUCAUGCGAAGUGCGGAGCCAGAGACGAAAAGCUCAUCUAUUUACGACGAGGUUGACCCACGGACCAUCCUCGACUUUUACGGAGACGAACUUCCCACCAAGGUCGUUUUUUAAACGUCUUUUUUUCAUGUUUUCUUUUUAUUUUUUCAAAAAAAAAGUGUUUUAUUUCAUAUUUUGGCGGGAAAUUUCUCAUAUAAGAAAAACAUACAAACGCGUUCAAAGUUUGAACUUUUAAACUUUUUUUUUCAAUUUUUUUUUGAGGUUUUUAUCUAAUUUUUUCAAGUAUUGUGACUACCGAGAUCAUAUAGCUAAUAAUAGGUUUCCAAUCCUCAAUCUUCGUUGAAAGAUACAACAAGCCUUUCCACUGUAAAUUACUUUUAGUUGAAAACCUUCAAGAAAGAUGUUUUGAAGUAUAAAAAAUAUUUUGAAAAUUUUUGAAUGAUAUCCAACUUUGUUUUUUCUUUCCACAAGUACUUCUGAAUUUCUCGAUAUCCAUCUGAGUUUUUGAAUAUUUCGAAGCUAGUUUUUCUUUCAGAAGUUUAGUGAGUUUCUUUUUCAAAUUCAUUAGAUUAAACAUUCACGCACUUCUGAUUUUUCCUAGCCGCUCUUGAAAAAAAUUAAAGUACAGGGUUCAAAACAAUUUUCAGGUAAAGGUUUUUCGUUCUGAGUUUCUUGAGAAGAAUAAAGGAUUUUUUAAUUUUUUUAUCUAUCUGUAAUUUUCAGGUGGAAGCUUGGAACGUGGGACCGGCGACCUUCACACCGCGUUUCAAUUCGACGGAAAUGAGGACGAGGGUUCAAUCUUCGGAAUAA